UGCUCUCUGGCUGGGGAGGGAUGCAAGGAGGUGGUUGUCUGGAGGGGACAGAGAGGGGACAAGCUAGCUGGGUAAGACAAGUGGAGAAGUGGGGAGGGAAAAUGGGUCAGCUGGGGAAGGGAAAUCAGGUCAGCUGAGUGUGUCCCAUGCUUUAGGGAAGGGGGGUAUCUGGGAAGGGGAGCAGUGAUCCUGCUCCACUUGCUGUUGUGACUCAUCCUCCUCUCCCACCCUCCAGCAGGUGCAGGGGUCCUGGAGCCCAGCUCCUGGGGAGCAGGCCAGCAUGACCCGAGGUGUGGGGCUAGAUGAUGAGCUGCCUGACUGGGCCGGCGCCAAGGAGUUCUACCAGAAAUAUGACCCCAAGGACGUCAUCGGCAGGGGGGUGAGCAGCGUGGUGCGGCGCUGCUUGCACAAGCAGACGGGCCAGGAGUUUGCGGUGAAGAUCAUCGAGGUGACCCCGGAGCGCAUGACCCCGCAGCAGCUGGAGGAGGUGCGGACCGCCACGGGCAAGGAGAUCGCCAUCCUGCGCCAGGUGGCGGGGCACCCCUACAUCAUCACCCUCAUCGAUUCCUACGAGUCGUCCACGUUCAUGUUCCUGGUGUUUGAUCUCAUGCGGCGUGGGGAGCUCUUUGACUACCUGACUGAGAAAGUGACGCUGAGCGAGAAGGAGACCAGGAGUGAGCUGGCUCCCCUUCCCCCCCAGGUGCAUCAUGGGACCCCCAGCCACAUCAUCCACCGGGACCUGAAGCCCGAGAACAUCCUCAUGGACGAUCAGCUCAACAUCAAGCUCUCCGACUUCGGCUUCUCCUGCCGGCUGGAGCCAGGGGGCAGAGCAGGCCGGGGGAGGGAGCUGUGUGGGACCCCCGGGUACCUGGCCCCAGAGAUCCUCAAGUGCUCCAUGGAUGAAACACACCCGGGCUAUGGCCAGGAGGUGGACCUGUGGGCAUGCGGCGUGAUCUUCUUCACCCUGCUGGCCGGCUCGCCCCCGUUCUGGCACCGCAAGCAGAUGCUGAUCCCACGUGCCCCCUCCCCCCGGCUGAUGGUCUGUCCUGCCCGGCAGGGGCUGGUGUGGACAGUGCUGGCCUCCAUCCGCAUGUUCUCCAGCUACCGGGUGCGCACGCGGCCGGUGACGCGGGAGCUGCCGCCGAAUAAAAAUCGAUUGUGA